CGAAUACCGCCCGUGGUUUGCCACUCGGUCAAUUUCUUCCAUUGUAUUUGAAGAUAUUGUGGUUGAUGGCGCAGAAGAUCUUAUACGUUACAAGUUUGAGCCUCUUGCUAUAUUUUUAAUCACAAUGGACCUAACGGCGCCAUCCUCGCGCAAUAUUACUGGCAACCACUUUGGCGAUUAUACCACAAUCAACCAAGUUGAUUUUCAUUACCACUCGCCUAAUAAGCCUCGAGAAGAGGAUACGAAGUGCCUCACGCAUUUACGUACAACGGACCCCCGCGACGAUAAAGCUCGCAUUGAGACCACAAAGGGCGGCCUAUUUAAAGAUUCAUACCGCUGGAUCCUCGAGCAUAGCGAUUUUCGACAGUGGCGCGACGACGAACGCAACCGCCUGCUCUGGAUAAAGGGCGAUCCUGGCAAAGGCAAGACGAUGUUGCUCUGCGGCAUUGCCGCCGACGAGCGAAUCAACAGCGCUACAGCCGUGUUGCGAGGCCUUAUCUACCUGGUUGUGGAGCAGCAACCGGUGCUUAUCUCCCACAUACAAAAAAAAUAUAAGCAUGGGGGGGAAGCGAUUUUUAAAGAUGUGAAUGCAUGGACUGCAUUAUCGGAGAUCUUCUCAAAUAUUUUAGAGGAUGCAAGCCUGGAGCGGAUUUAUGUGAUUAUCGACGCACUUGACGAAUGCGUGACCGACCUAUCAAAGCUGCUUGACUUUAUUAGAACGAAGUCCGCCCUCUUUUCCCGCGUCAAGUGGAUAGUGUCCAGUCGCAACUGGCCCGAUAUUGAGGAGCGUCUUAAUUCUGCCACUCAGCAAAUGAGGCUCUGUCUAGAGCUCAACGAAAAGUCCAUCUCGGCAGCCGUCGAUGCAUAUAUCAAACACCAAGUCGAAUGGCUAGCGCAGAAGAAGAAAUACAAUGCUAUAACAAAAGAUGCUGUUUACCAUCACUUAUCCUCUAAUUCUAAUAAUACCUUCCUCUGGGUAUCCUUAGUCUGUCAGAACCUAAAGAGGACCUCAUUAGAGAGGCCUCUCCGAACGUUGAACGGGUUUCCCCCUGGACUUGAUUCUUUAUAUGAGAGGAUGAUGGAGCAAAUAUAUGAUUUAGAGGAUAGCGAUGCUAAGUUUUGUUACCAGAUCCUUGCGACCGUGUUGCUCGUGUAUCAGCCUGUUACACUGGCUGAGCUUAGCACCCUUGUUGAGUCCCCAGACGAUAAUCCUGCAGAUGCCGAGUUGAUCGAUAAGACAAUAGGGUUUUGUGGCUUAUUUCUCACUGCUCCAGAUUCAGAUCCGCUAGCCGCUAUGCGGUAUUCCUGCGUCCAUUGGGUCGACCAUUUCUGUGAUAUGCAUAACAGCAAUGGCCAUUCUCAGGGCUAUGUUGACCAUAAGUGCCAGGAGGUCUUCCUAUUCCUUCGGAAAUACUUCCUGUACUGGCUUGAGGCUUUGAGCCUUAUGGGCCAUAUAGAAGAUGGGGUUCUUUCAAUGGCAAGGCUAGAGAGUCUACUAAGAGUUAAGCCUACAGUAGCAUACAAUUGGAGCCCUUAUUUACAAACACUAGAGGGCCAUAGCGAUUGGGUCUGGUCGGUGGCCUUCUCAGCGGAUGGCCGAUAUCUUGCCUCAGCGUCACGGGAUAAGACUAUAAAGAUCUGGGAUGCGACAACAGGCAAAGAGCGACAAACCCUUAAGGGCCAUUUCGAUUGGGUCACCUCAGUUACUUUCUCAGCAGAUGGCCGCUACCUUGCCUCAGCGUCAUGGGAGACUAUAAAGAUCUGGGACGCAACAACAGGUAAAGAGCGACAGACCCUUAAGGGCCAUAGCGAUUGGGUCUGGUCGGUGGCCUUCUCAGCAGAUGGCCGAUAUCUUGCCUCAGCGUCUGGGGAUAAGACUACAAAGAUCUGGGAUAUAACAACAGGCAAAGAGCAACAAGCCCUUAAGGGCCAUAGUAAUAGGGUCACCUCAGUUACCUUCUCAGCAGAUGGCCGCUACCUUGCCUCAGCGUCACGGGAGACUAUAAAGAUCUGGGACGCAACAACAGGCAAAGAGCGACAGACCCUUAAGGGCCAUAGUGAUAAGGUCACCUCAGUGGCCUUCUCAGCAGAUGGCCGAUACCUUGCCUCAGGGUCAGGGGAGACUAUAAAGAUCUGGGAUACAAUAACAGGCAAAGAGCGACAAACCCUUAAGGGCCAUAGUAAUAGGGUCACCUCAGUUACCUUCUCAGCAGAUGGCCGCUAUCUUGCCUCAGCGUCACGGGAGACUAUAAAGAUCUGGGACGCAACAACAGGCAAAGAGCGACAGACCCUUAAGGGCCAUAGCGAUUGGGUCUGGUCGGUGGCCUUCUCAGCAGAUGGCCGAUACCUUGCCUCAGCGUCUGGGGAUAAGACUACAAAGAUCUGGGAUAUAACAACAGGCAAAGAGCAACAAGCCCUUAAGGGCCAUAGUAAUAGGGUCACCUCAGUUACCUUCUCAGCAGAUGGCCGCUAUCUUGCCUCAGCGUCACGGGAGACUAUAAAGAUCUGGGACGCAACAACAGGCAAAGAGCGACAGACCCUUAAGGGCCAUAGUGAUAAGGUCACCUCAGUGGCCUUCUCAGCAGAUGGCCGAUACCUUGCCUCAGGGUCAGGGGAGACUAUAAAGAUCUGGGAUACAAUAACAGGCAAAGAGCAACAAACCCUUAAGGGCCAUAGCGAUAAGGUUAUUUCAGUUGCUUUCUCAGCAGAUGGCCGCUACCUUGCCUCAGGAUCAUUCGAUAAGACUAUAAAGAUCUGGGACGCAACAAUAGGCAAAGAGCAACAGACCCUUAACGUUGACACCAAAAUACAUACUAUAUCCUUCGACGACACGGCCUCAAACCUGCAUACUGAAGUCGGCCCUAUAAAAUUGGGUAUAGAACAUCGAACUGCCCAAUCUACAAUGGUAGCUCACGUUCUGUCUCCAGAUUCGGAUACAGCUCAGGAUCAGGAUCAACGCCAACGCAUUGCUAAUAAUACUCAAAAGGCAAACCAUUUUAGCUACGGCCUAAGCACCGAUGGAUGUUGGAUCACUUGGAAUGAGCACAAUAUUUUGUGGCUUCCGCCCGAAUACCAGCCUUCUACGUCGGCCGUAUGGCCUUAUGCACUACCUUUUACUUCGCCACAGGUGCCGUCAACGGACGUACCUAUAGCUCUGGUAGCGCCCGAAAUGAGUGUCCAGUUUGUUAAUCUUCCGAGCAGGUCGUACCCUCAGCGAAGGCCAUACUACAAGCCGGAACUAACCUUUAUUUGUGACGUCCAAUUUGCUGCCAUCUAG